GCCCAGUUACCCACAUGGCCAAGACCGCCUCUGUCGCCCUGCUCUUUGGUGCCGCCUGGGCAAUGGCUGCGGCCCAAGUCCCGGCCUUCCAAGGCUGUUAUGUCGACAAGCCCAGCCGCAUCCUCAGCGGUGCCUUCUCGUAUAACCUCGGCGUGACUACCCCUGCCACAUGUGCCCAGUUCUGUCUGCAAAAUAACUUCCGAUACUCUGGCAUCGAAAUGUCGAGCGAGUGCUACUGCGGCAAUACCAUCAACGUCGGCAACACCAACGGAGGCGAUAGCCUGACCGGCGGACUGCAGGUUGAUGACAGCCAGUGCGGCAUUCCGUGUAAUGGAGACUCGUCUCAGCUCUGCGGUGGCCCAUGGCGCAUGCGCAUCAGUCUUUCGGCCGUCAGCGGCUGCUAUGCCGACGGUGGCCGCGCCAUUCUCCGGGACUAUGUCCAGUCCUUCAGCCUCUUCCAAAGCGUCGACAGCUGCCAAAGUCUCUGUCUCUCCAAGAACUACAUGUACUAUGGCCUCGAAUCGGGUUACUCGUGCAUGUGUGGCAACACUCUGUACUAUGGGAGCGCCUCGUCCGGUGUCAGCCCCAUCCCGGGCAGUCUCCGUCCCAGCAGCGAAUGCCAGCUUCCCUGCCUCGGCGACUUUACCGAGAGCUGCGGUGGAUGGAGCCGUCUGAGUCUGGGAUAUACCGGAUACACUCUGCCCAUCAGCAGUAUCCCCGCCCUUCCGGCCAAGACCACGACCACGACGACAACGACGACGACGACAACGACGACGACAACGACGACCAAGACUGUACCCGCUCCAACUUCAACCGCUGUGGCGACGUACAGCACUUACCAAGGCUGCUACUCGGACGGCACUGGUUCGUCUCGGGCUCUCAGCGGUCCCUACCAAGCCAACAGCCAGAUGUCUACGACCUCGUGCAGAAGCUUCUGUCUUGGCCAGGGAUACAGCAUCGCCGGUGCAGAGUACGGCGGCGAGUGCUGGUGUGGCAACCAGCUGCAGACAGGCGGCCAAUCCGGCCUUGGUGACGGCUCUGCCUCUGGCCUCAAGCUGCCCGAGACUCAGUGUACCAUGGCCUGCUUGGGCAACUCGGGCCAAAAGUGCGGUGCCUCGUGGCGACUGUCGGUGUAUCUGUCCGCCGAUGCCGGUUGCUACGUCGACAGCCCCAGCCGGGUUCUGCGAGAUGCUGCUCCCAAAAUCGACAACUCGCUCACAGUCGCCUCGUGCCUGGGCUACUGCCAGCAACGCAACUUUUUGUACUACGGCGUCGAGAACGGAAACGAGUGCUACUGCGGCAACCAGCUCUAUUCAUCAUCGGGUGCUCCUGCUCUCGGCAUGAGCUCGGACUGCAGCAUGCCCUGCGCGGGCAAGUCCUCGGACAAGUGCGGCGGGGCUUGGAGAAUCAGUAUCGGCCUUACAGGAAAGUCGAUUCAGGCUGUCAGCAUUCCGCCGAUGACCACCACCAUCAAAUCGACUACAACCACGACAACCACUACAACCAAAACCACAACAACCAAAACCACAACUACUACUACCACGACGACAACCACCACGAAAUCCACGGCGACAACCAAGCCCACCACCACCACCACCACCACCAAGACAACUACCAAGCCCACCACCACAACGACCACGACCACGACCGGCGGCCCCACCUCGACUCCCAUCACCUUCGGCAUCCCUGCCUCAUGCAACGGCAUCUCGGUCACCCGCCCCAAUUGGGUCGACAUGACUCCGGACCAGCAGCAGCGCUUCAUCACCGCCGUUGGCCUGCUCAAGACGGACGACAAACGCAAAUAUGGCAACCUCUAUAACUACGACGACUUUGUGAACUUCCAUGUCAUCAACGUCAACAAUGUCCACUUUGAGCCCGAGUUUCUCCCAUGGCACAGGUGGUACAUCUGGCUCUUCGAGAAGCAUCUGCAACACAUCGAUCCCACGGUUGUUCUGCCCUACUGGAACUGGGGCGCCGACUCGCACCUUCCCAGUCAGGCUGCGGUCUUCUCGCCCAACACCUUCGGCACCCACAACUUUGAUGCAUCGACCGGAUACUGUCUGUUGGACGGCGUUGCCAAGAACUGGAAGAAGGUCUAUCCCGGGCCCAACGAUCCCAACUUCGGCAACCACCGCGGCGAAUGCAUCAUGCGUCAAUGGGACAAUGCCAACAGCAUCGACACCGAUUCGAUCUGGAGCAACGAUGAAAUCGACCAGACCCUCAUCAAUGUCAGCAAUCCCGACUAUGAUUCGUUCCGCCAGCAGUUCGAGAUUGUCCAUGGCUAUCCACAUGUCCAUGUCGGCGGCGACAACGGCGACAUGACCCAGAUGUACUCGCCGAACGACCCUCUGUUCUUCCUCCAUCACGCCAACAUCGACCGCAUCUGGCGCCGCUGGCAGACCGUCAACCCCCAGGUCGCUGGCCAGUACACCGGCACCGGGCUCAACGGCCCGGUCUCGCCCUCCGACACCCUCCACAGCUUCUCGUCGGUCACCGUCAGCAUGGUCCUGGAUUCGCUCGCCCUCUGCGUCGACUACACCGAUCCACAGACGUCGGCGACCUCGUCGUUCCUUGCUGCCGAGCCCUUGGGCUACGGCUCGCCUCUGCCGUCGUCGUGGGGCAUGGGCAAGGUCAACCAGACCUUGAUCCAGCAGAUGGAGCAGGGCCAUCGCCAGUGGAUCGACACCAAGAAUGCCCAAUAGAUCUGCGCCAGCCCCGGCAUGCACAUCCACUGUCGGUCCGGCCGGCCACUGCUUCGCCCUUGCUGCUGCUGCUCCGCUGGAUAUGUCUACAUGCUAUAGAUGAAUACAAGUCGCUCUGGGUGGGGACGGUCUCUCGAGCCCCCACGCCACUAUGACAAUUGGCUCGCAUCUGGCCUUUGGCUCA